ACGGAUAACAUACGAACUCGAACGGCGUGUCCGGUUCCGUCCGCGACAGUGUAGUCGGUACACGCAGUCGCGCGUCCUAUCUGUCGCAUCGUCCGAUGAACUUUUUUUGUUUUUCUCUUGCUCGUAAAAACGAAAAAUUCGCUUAACAAUAUUAUUAACGGUCGCCGUUUUCAGCCGCAGAUCGCGAGUGAUUUUCGAUCGUCGACUUUUGCCGUUUAGCCCGCGAAAAACGUACCGCGCGUACACACCCCGAUCACAGCCGCCGAGCGGAUAUCCAGCGGCAGACAUGAACGGCAGCGGUGUCCGACGGUGGUCCGCGACCGACACGUUCGGCGAUGACAGACGGCAUGAAAUUCAGCUGGACGACGGCUGUGGCGGUCGAAGCCGAUACCCUCACACUUGGCUCAGGAACAACUGCCAGUGUCCGUCGUGCACGUCCGCCGAAUCCGGUUUCCGGAAACAAGUGAUCCGCGAUUUUAGGUUCAGCUCGGCGCCGAUCCGACUCCAAAUUAUAAACAAUGAUAAGCUUUAUGUGAAAUGGGAUGACAGCCAUGAGAGUACUUAUGACUUACAAUGGCUACUAGAGAGAAAUUUUAAUGAGGGUCAAGAACGCCACGAAAAUCAGCAAGUCAAAUGGACUGCGGAAUCGUUUUCAGCUAUAUUUCGGUCAUUUAAAUAUGAGGACGUAAUCAAAAGUGACGAAACUUUGCUACAAUGGUUGGAAACUUUGGCAGUUUAUGGUAUUUCGAUGAUAAAAAGUUGCGGGUUGGAACAAUACCGGGUAAAAGAACUUGCCGGACGCGUUGCUUUUUUGAAAAAGACACAAUACGGGGAAACGUUCAAAGUUGAAGUGAACUCUGAUGCGACCAAUUUAGCAUACAGAUCAACAUACUUACAACUACAUACGGACUUGCCGUAUUAUGAAUACACACCCGGGGUGAUUUUGCUGCACUGCAUCGUUCAACCAGAAUCCAGUGGCGGCGAAUCUGAAGUGACCGAUGGGCUAUCGGUGUGCGACCGUCUGAAGGAAACGGACUUGGACAGCUAUAAGACGUUGUCCACGGUGCCGGUGAGAUGGAUUGACCGCGGCCACGACGAUGGCUACAGUUUUCAUAACAUUUACGAGUCGCCCGUAAUUUGCGAAGACAGUUAUGGGAAUAUCAAGAGAAUUAAUUUUAGUGAGCAUCACAGAGAUUCAAAAUGUCCUGUAUCAAUAGAUAAAGUACACAUUUGGUAUGAUGCACUAGAAAAAUUUGUAAAGAUUGCGUACAACGAAAAAAUCAUCAGCACUUUUAAAAUGAAACCUGGGGAUAUUUUGACAUUUGAUAACCACCGAGUACUACAUGGAAGAAAAGGAUAUCAAGGCUCUAGAUUAUUAAUUGGUGGUUAUUUGGACUGGGAUUUAAUUAAAUCAAGAACUAGAGUUCUCCAAUCUCAACUAUCAAAUAAAAUUAAUAAUUAAUCAUACGAAUUAUUUAUGAAUAUACAAGUCAAAUAUUUGUAUGAUUCGAUAAUUAUGAACCAUUAACUAUAUUAAAUAAGUUAAAUUAAAUAUGGAAUAAAUUAUAAGUAUGUAGUUAUACAUAAUCAUUUUAUAGGUUUUCAAUUUUUCUUUUUUCAUUAUAGUUGAAUAUUUAACAAACAUAUGUAUGUACAAUUAUUUAAAGCUAAUAGUAAAUACAUAGCCACAACAUUAUAAUGACAUUAAUAUGUAAAUAAAUUGGUUAUUGGUGAAAUAGCAAGUUAUUAAACUACUUUUUUGUAUUAUUUUUGUAUAUGUUUUCUCUAUUAUUAUUAAUUAAGACAUUUUUUUUUAUUAUUAAAAAUAAUAAUAUUUUAUGUAAUGAGCUAUACUUUUAAAUAUAAUACCGUUUGACUAUUUAUAUUAUAAUAAUAUAUACUCAUAUACUCAAUAUAAUGCUAUAAUAAAAUCAGACUCUACGAGUAUACAAGAUGUAUAAGGUGACCAGACAUAUUUUAUACGGAAAAAUUCCGUUUUUAAGUCUAUCUCUGUGUUAAGUAUUUCAAUAUGCUAAUAUUGCGUUUUUUUAUAUAAAAAUAUAAAUUCCAAUUAAAAUACUAGACGUCAAGAAUACAUCAAUUGAAAACACAUUUUUUUUUAUUUUUAAUUUAUUUUUAUUUUUAACACCCACUUUAUAUUGUUUCAAUAUUUUUUUUAUUCAUCAAAUAAUGAAAUGUUGUUUUACUUUAGUAAAUAUAAAAAAUUAAAUCCUA